GAUGCUCUCCGCGCAUGCAUGAGAGGGGGCGUGGGGCUCAGCACAGCACAGAAACUAAACCCAGACAACUGUGUGCAGCAGGUCCACACACACAGGCGGACAAGGGAAUACUUAAGAAACGGACAAAACCUUCCCGUUUCACACAUCCAAGGAAGGGUGUGUGUCAGCCACACACUAAUGCAUCAUGGGAGGAAGUGCAUUUCCUGACUACAAUCUAUAUUUGAAGUGAGACUACCUGGUACUACCAUAGCAACUUGGCAGUAGCCUCACCUCUAUCAGAGUGUCUCUCCGUGACGCGCUGGAUCACAGCACACCUGACGGGAGAGGUGAACGCACUGCCUCCGCUGCAGCAGGUACAGCGGAAUCGCCACACGGAACAGACAGUAUCAGAGGAGCCCAGAAAAACCGAUGCCUCUCUCUUACAGGCAGAAGCUGCCCCCAUAGAGGACACUACAGGAGGAAUGACCAGGGACUGAACAGCACGCAGCAAGAACGCACGAUGCUCAGCAGCAACGACAGCGGCUGGAGGAUGCUGGCAGUGCUGGAGAGACAGGACUGGGCCGGCAGCGGCAGCUCCCAGGACAACGGGCUGCAGUUCCUGGGCCUCAUGCUGUUCAAGGCCUGCCUGAACGUGUGGCCGGUGGCGAUCAGCCGCCGGAGCCUGCAGCGCUCCCUGGUGGGCGUCGGCGGCAUCUCCCUGUGCCUGGCGGACGUCCUGCUGCUCUGCGCCACGGCGGGCUCCUGGGCCCUCAGGGGCCGCGUCAGCACCUCCGUCUCGCUGUGCUUCACCAUGUCGCACGCCUCCACCGUCUACGCCCUGCUGCCCGUGCCCUUCCUGCUGCUCGGCGCGCUCGACUACGCCCGUAACCUGGGCGACGGCACGCGCUCCGUUACGCCCUGCAGGGCCGUCUCCUGCUGCACACAGGUGCUGUCCGUGUGGGCCCUGGCAGGCCUCUACUCCUACCGCUACACCAGCAGCCAGGUGAUAACCGUCAGCGAGACGCAGCAGAGCGAGCUCUUCUGCAUGGUGAAGAACUCGGCCGUGGUGGACUACUCCUGCACGGGCCUGUCGCUGGCCCUCGUCUGUGUGCUGUUCUUCUACUACCAGAGCCGACCGGGACACUUCUGGGAAGUCCUCCAGUGGCCCAGGCUGCGGGAAACCACUCCCUCCAGCCAGGCAGACAUCAGGAGCCACGAGGAGGCGCAGCAGGAGGUGCAGCAGGAGGCGCAGCCGGACGGGCCAGGGGACAUUCCCCUCCUCCUGCGCCUCGCGCUGGGGUUCGCCCUGACCUGGGGUCCGUUCGUCACGCUGAGCGCGGCCUGCGUGCUCCUCAACAUGCCCAUCCCCGCCUACCUGAGCGUCAACAUCAUAUGGCUGCUGUGCAGCAACAGCGUGCUGCUGGCCGCCGCGCUCUGGGUGAAGAGGGAGCGGGCGUGGGCCUGCGAGGGGCUCCCCGACGACACCUGCGCCUGGAGCCUCUACUGGCGCCACGGCAACGGAGGGCUGGAGUCGAAGCUGCAGGAGGAGCUUCCCCAUGACAUCUACACCCUGUCCAGCAGCAGCACGGAGAAACUCCUGCUCGUCUGACUCGGACACUGCGCGCAACACCGUCGUCUGAGUUUUUUGACCCCAAAAAAAAAACGUGUGCUUGUGUAAAUGUAAAACCCGGUUGAUGAAUAAACUGGACCCUUCUUCCUUCAGGUGGCUAAGAUGAGAGUUUGAAAUGAAAUGAGUUUUGCUCUGUCCACACACCCAUGUGCCAUGAAGAGGGCUACAGGGUUCAGUU